AUGGCACCUCCUCCCCCACUAGUUGUUGCUACAUCUCUUGCAUCACCUCCUCUCACACCCAUUUUUAUCACCCCUCCUGUGGCACCUGCUCCCGUACUCGAUGCUGCCCCAUCUCCUGUGAAGCUUGUUGCUUCAACACCUACUCCCCCACCUGCUAUUAGCACAACUCUUGAGCCUGAUCUAUCGACUCCCCCCCCUCCUCCGAUGAGGUCCUUCACCUGGUUGUUAGUGCGCCACCAUCAUAUUCGCCGAAUCUUUGAGGUUCGGGGCAUGCAUCGCCUUGCCAGCAUGUUCACAACGGCCAAGGCGUUGAGCCGUGCUCCCUCUGUUGCGAGCUGCAUGUCAAAACUCAUCGACGUUCGGGGACUGUGCAGUGGGUCUCAGAGCAUUCCCAGAGGGUUGCUAUAA